AUUCGACAGAUAAAGAUGGUUCGACCUCCUUGUUGUGACAAGCUGAAUGUGAAGAAAGGGUUGUGGAGUGAAGAAGAAGAUGCAAAGAUACUUGCUUAUGUAUCUAAGCAUGGUACUGGUAAUUGGACUGCUGUUCCGAAAAAAGCAGGGCUUAGAAGAUGCGGGAAAAGUUGUCGACUCCGAUGGACUAAUUACUUACGACCGGAUCUUAAACGCGAAAGCUUCACUCCUCAGGAGGAAGAGUUGAUCAUCCGGCUUCACGCCGCGAUCGGCAGCAGGUGGUCCAUCAUAUCCCAACAGCUUCCCGGAAGAACAGACAAUGAUGUCAAAAAUUACUGGAACACUAAGCUGAAGAAGAAACUUUCGGAAAUGGGGAUAGAUCCGGUUACUCACAAGCCUUUUUCUCAAAUCCUAGCCGAUUACGGGAACAUCGGCGGCCUCCCGAAGUCGAGAACCCGGAUUGGUUCCCUAAACCGAGACAUGAAGAAUACAUUCCUGAUAAAACCGGAGCUGCAUCAACCACAACCACCAACAGCAGCAACACAGGGAUUCACCAACAUCAACAAUAACCAACUGAUGACACAUAUGGCAGCACCCCCCGGGAUCGAACCGAUCUUCGCGAACAACAAUGUUAACCAUCAUGCUGCUGCUGCUGCUGAUUGUGACUCCCUGGACCUUCUUUCUCAGCUCCAAGCCAUAAAACUCGUGACCGAGGCCUCGAACUACACCGGUUACCAAAUCGUCCUGCCUACGUUCCCUAAUCAGUACCCGUUAUCGUUAUCGUCGCCGUCUUCAUCGUCUUCCACUACUUCUUCCUCCACUUGUUCCACUGCAGCUCAAGAUAAAACCGGCCUCACCUUCAGUUGGCGCGAUUUCCUUCUCGACGACGCGUUCCUACCCCCUCAAGUACCCGAAUCCUAUGACAUUGCACUGCAAAAUCACAGAAGCAACAACACUAGUGUCCAACACAUGGACACUAACAACAACAACAACGACAAUGACAACAGAGUCAUCCCGGGAACUGGGAGCGAACCGCUAAGCUAUGGUUUUCAAUCAUCAUCAUCAUCAACUGAAAGUUCAUUUGUGGCAGCCAUGCUUGAUCAAGAAAAGGAGAUGUUCUCUGAGUUUGCAAAUCUUUUGGAAGAUCCUUGUUAUUAACUUUAAGUAGGUCCAUUAUAUAUAUAUAUAUAUAUAAUUAAGAAUAAUUGAAAUAUGAAUAAAAACUUCUAGUAAUGU